GGGUACAAAGCCCUUGUCGAUGACCUCGACGACACCAUGGGCGGCCAUGUGGGCUGCCAGAAGCGCCUGGGAUGCCGGCGGCGUGCGGAGCUCCCGGAGCUUCUGGAGCCCCCGGAACUUGCGGAGCCCCCGCGGGCAGAGCCAGCGAAACCCUUGGGCCUUGAGGAGGAGUUGCGGAUGCACUUUCCUGGAGAAUGGGCUGCCCUCAGCUCGACCGACAGCACCACGCUGCAGGAGAGAGCUCUCAAGAGCCAAUUGCGGCUUCGAGGGCUCACGGAGGCGGCGGAGCUUCAUCCCAACGGGAAGUUGGACUUCUACGUGACCUUCCUGUGCUGCGGCUAG